AUCCACAGGCUGUGUGGGAUUUAGGACCUUGAGGAUGCCAGAUGUUUCGAGGACGCCAGCAGCUGACUACAGUUGCAUUGACCUGCCGAUAGCAGCGCGAUAAAGCAGCAGCAGCAGCAGCAGCAGCAGCACAGAGACGCCGAGCCAGUCGAUCCAGACUGUGCGUCCUGACGCAUCAACAGCAGCGAUGGGAGCUUCGCAGACGCGCGCCGAGCGCAAGCACCAGGACCUGGCGGAUAAAACUGGAUUUUCACCGGAGCAGAUUAAAAACCUUCACCAAAGAUUCCAGCAGCUGAGUGAAAAUCAAGAGACAAUAAGCAGAGAAAACUUGGACAGUAUACCAGCCCUUGCCAACAAUCCAAUCAGAAAGCAAAUUAUUGAAGCAUUCUUCGAUAAAAGGAACCAGCAUCAGGAUGAGGUGGGCUCCCUCGAGGAGAUUGGCUUCGAGCAGUUCCUCAUGGUCAUGUCCCACUUCCGCCCUCCAACCUUGAAGACGACGGAGGAGGAGAAGGAAGCUUUGAGAAAAGAGAAGCUUCGUUUCCUGUUCAACAUGCAUGACACGGACAAUGAUGGCACCAUCACUCUGGUGGAGUACAGGAAGGUAGUAGAGGAGCUUCUGUCAAAAAGUGGAGCCAUCGGACAGGAAGCUGCCAAGGCGAUAGCAGAUGCUGCCAUGUUGGAAGUGGCGAGCACAAAUGUGCCCCACAUGGCCCCGGAUGAUUUCUAUGAAGGAAUUACAUUUGAGCAUUUUGAACAGAUUUUAAAAGGGCUUGAAAUGGAGUCCAGGAUGCACAUUCGCUUUUUGGAUGUAGACACCACAACAAUGCGUUGUGGGAAAUCCACCUCUUGAAGAGUUCUUCUUGUAAAGAAAUGUUUAUGUUGCUGCUGUUUUUAGCAGGACCUGUCCAGUCCUUAAAUGGAAUGAAGCCAAACACUUUUGAUAUGCACAUAUAUAUUUUUGGAUGGAGGGAAAUAAUUAUAGACCUAAUACCAUACUGUAAUUGCAUUUUUCUAUGAAUUAUAAAGACUGUCUGCUGCUCACGCAGUAUAAGGUCUGACAAGAUGGUGGAAUAUUUGAAGUCAAAGGACGUUUACUUCUAUAGUUCACUACCCUGAAGAAUUCACUUUCAGAAUGUUUUUUUAAUUCAAUUUUGAAGCAUUGUGAUCCUACGAGUAGCAGGUGUCACAUAUUUCAAAGUGAUUUAUUUCCCAUCUUUUGUCACACUACUAUUAAUUUUAUCAGGAUUCAAACUAACACACUACCUCUCUCCAUUCUCCUGCUAUUCUACAAAUCUUUAUGUAACCAGUAUGUAAUGUGAAGGAUUCUUUGUACUUUAGUCAAAAGGUUCACAUUUCAGAUGAAGUCAGUCAUGCUCAGUGGCUGCUCUGGCAUUCAUGGGUCAUCUGUUAUGGGCUAACAUCCAAAGCGUGAGACUGCAGGCACAUAGCAUUCCUCUGCAGCUGCAGAAUAGUUACAGGUUUAAUUUAUCUGUUCCUCUGAGACCACUGCUGUUCUACCACGAAAACCUGCAAUUGUUUGACUGCUAGCAUAAAUGAAACACUUUACUUUCCCUAAGAUGAAUUAUUACAUACUUUGCACUGAAUUGUAUUAAUGAAUAAAAUAAAUAUAAGACACUA